GCUUACAGACAAUUUCGAACGCAAAUCGGCAGCUUUGGCAUGUAGAAGAAUUUGUGGAGCACACACCGCGGGAAAUAUUGCUCAGAUGAUUACUGAGAUCAACAUUGCCUUUGGUUUGAACAGCUCAAACAUUGUCUUGACCAUUACGGACAACGGUUCAAAUUUUUUAAAAGCGUUCAGAGAUUAUGGUGUGGGAAAUGACUUUUUCGAAGAUGAAAUUAAUGACGAAAUGCCAGACUUUGAUAAUGAAAGUUUGUUGCCCACACAUCAGAGAUGUUGCAGCCAUACUCUGAAUUUGCUUGCUUCAACCGAUUUCGAUAAAAUUUUAAAAACUGAGCAGCCACUGUAUAUCCAGCAUAAGAUGACAUUCGAUAAAUGCUACAACUUGUGGAAGAAGUGCAAGUGGCCAAAGUCGUCGGAAAUAAUUGAAGGGCACCUGGGAUCAUCGUUGGUUUUGCCCGUUGUUACUCGUUGGAACUCAUUGCAUGACGCAGUUAAAAAACUACUUUGCUACAAAGAAAAAUUAAAUAAUCUGUGUGAUAAGUUGACUUUGCCACAGUUUUCUGCAAGAGACGUACAGUACCUGGAAAUGUACAAUUUGGUAAUGGAACCAAUUACAAAGGCCCUAGACUUUCUUCAAGGAGAAAGCAACAUUAACUAUGGAUUUUUAAUACCAACUCUUGUGACACUGAGCAAUAGGCUGCAUAAGCUAUGUAGAUCCCAGGAAUUGCAACAAUUAUCAUCUCUUAUUUUAAAAAUGGAACAGAGGUUAAGAGAAAGGUUCCAACCAUAUUUCAUGUUGAAGCCUGAGGCAAAUAUUGCAAUUGCAGCAACAGUGCUAACUCAAAGCAUCAAAAUGAAAUGGGUCAAGGUGUUGCUGAGAUUAAAUCCGGAAUUGCCAGAAUUAACUGUCGAAAAUAUAACCAGCAGAGUUUUAGAAACACUUUACAGGUUUUACGCCAAAAAUUGUAAAACAUUUAAUUUUGAAAGAAAAAUUAAUAAUGUGUCGACUAUGCCCGAUUUUUUUGAUUUCAGUGAUGAUGAUGAUGAAAUUGAAGUAAGUUCUUCUCUACAAGAACAGAUUAAAGUUGACCAACGAUCCGUAAUAAAACAGCAGUUCUUCAGCUAUUUAAAUGACAAUGCAAGUGCUGACGAGAUUUACCAAAAAUAUGAUUUAUUAAGGGAGGCAUUUAUUUUUUUUAACACGCCCUUAACGUCUUCAGCUCCAGUUGAACGACUGUUUUCAUUUGCCGGGAUCGUCAACAGUCAAAGGCGGCAAUCAUUGUCUGAUUUUUCUUUUGAAAAAUUAGUUGUAAUGAAGGCCAAUUGUAAAUAUAUGUAAAUUAUAAAACUGUUUUUUUUUUGUGAAUUGAA